CCCACGAACGGUAGUAUCUUUGUUGCACUUGUGCAGCAAAUGGAAACUUUGGCCGAGUUUUUCUCAUAAACAAACGAAUAUUAUGAAACAAUCAAAGCGCACUUCGCUAGAUUAGACAGUAAUGCAUCAAAGUGCGGUCUGUGUUUUGUAUUAAGAGAUUUUGUUUCCGAAACAAACCCAGCGUAAAAUUUGUGCAAUCAUGUCGUUGUAUUUUGAUAAUCGGAUUCAAAACCUUGUACCUUCAUCAAUUAAUACUUUUGCUAUUUGGCACACGAAUUUUCCUUUAUUAGCUGUAGCCGCUUAUUCCCAAGAUAAAGGCAGUUUCAUUAUCAUUUAUAAUGAUCACGGUGAACUUAUCCACGAUUUAAGGUCUCUGGAAUUCUCAACUUUUCAAAUUUCGGCACUCAGCUGGCACCCAAAUCGAAAAUUAUUAGUAGUUGGUAAGGAUAAUGGUAGCAUCAAACUUUGGGAUGAAGAUUCUGAAAGUAAUGAAUUUUGUGAAAUCGGGACUCCUCACAGAGACUCGAUUUCAAUAUUGGAGUGGAGUCAGUAUGGUGGCAGAUUAAUAUCUGCUGAUACAUCAGGCUCACUCGUUGGUUGGCGAGUUGACAAUAAAGGCCAGCUAUUGAUUAUGUUCCAUCAUGACCUAAAAAAGUCAUUUACUCAUAUUGCAUUUAGAUCAAUAUCAAAAAGCUAUUCAAAUAAUGUUGGGAAAACUGGCAUCGUAGAAGAUGAACGGACACUAAAUUUAUUCAGUACUUGGAGACCAAGAACUGCAGUUCAAACAUCUUACAGUCAAAAAGAGAACUAUGCUUUCUUUGUCGGAUCUUUAGAUGGAAUUAUAUAUUAUAUUGAUGGUAAAGGUCACUGUAAACAAGUAUUAAAUACAGAUGGAUUAACUUUAUAUGGUUUACUUCACCAUCAAUCGAAAGAUUCGAUAGUUGUCAUGACAGAAGGAUUAAAUGUUUGUCAGUUUCAAAUUGACCCCUUCACAGGAGAGUUAACGGAGUUGAUAAAAGUUAAGUUGUCUUGUAAAAAUAAUGAAUUGAGAACAAGACAUCCGCUAUGCUGGAUAGGAAAUAACACUUUAGCAAUACUCACCGGGGAAUUGGAUAUUAGAUGCUGGAAUUUACAAAACGGUAAUACGUAUGUUUUAUCGCCACUUUCUAUUCCAUCGUCUGAAAAUAUAUCAACUUCUCAAGAAGUAUGCACUAGUUUUACAUUUUGCAAAAUUAACAAAACUUUGGCAGCAGGAACAAAUUUAGGAACCGUUUAUUUUUGGAAACGAGAAUUUUUGGCUUGUAAUAAUGAAUACGGUUGGCCCACAACUCCAAAAUUUUGCAAUGUUCAUGGAACAGUAAAACAACUAAUGUGGGGUGGUGCUUUUCUCAGACAUCCUGUUUUUGCAGUAAAUUGUAUUACGAAUAUAUUUAUUCUUCACGAACAACAUAUGUGUGCUUCAUACAAUGAUGAUGUGUGUGUAAGUCAAAUUUCACCCACUAAAUUAAUAAUCGAAGAAGAGAAUCAGUCUUGUAGUUUACUUACUGAUAUUCAAGUACAGUUAUUGGCUAUCAAUAAGAAUUAUGUCGUGAUUUCCUCCGGGAAACAAAUAGUAGUUUAUAGAAUUAAUAGAAAUGAGAUAUUAAACACAUCAAUUGAACAAUCUUUCAAUUGUGAUGCUGAGAAAAUUCUCAUUUACGAAUCUACGUUAAUUAUUUUGACUACAGCUCUCAUUCAACUCAGAACAAUAAAAGGAAAUGUAAUUCAAAAUUUACCAGCAUUACCUGAAGAAGGUGAACCCAUUACAAUGGAAUUAACGGGACAGUAUUUAACUGUUGCAUCAUUAAAUGGUAUAUUGAAAAUUUGGGACUUGGGUAAACGUCUGGCAAAGCUUCAUACAAGAACACUUGCAGUAUCGAAAGUUAUAAAAGAUUUUGCGGAAGUUAUUGAAGCAAAAUGUAAUUCAGACUGUCGAUGUGUUUCGAUUACUGUUGCUACGUCAAAUUUAUUACCGAGUUCAACUUUAUACAUUUGGGACAUUGAGGGGGAUCAAAUAUUUGAAUUUGACUUCGGAAAAUUGAGUAAUAGUUAUGAAAACUAUGGAGGAAUGAUUUCAAAAUCACAAGGAAGAUUUAUUAUAACACAUUGUUGGGAUGUUGUUGAUCCCCGAGUACUUGUAUGUCAAACCCAAACGAUUGAAAAUUAUGAUACUCGAGACUUUUAUAAUUCUCAAUUGAUGCCAAACGACAUUAAAAAUACUGUAUUCAUUUCAAUGUUUGUUACUCCUGAGCAUGGAAUAACGAUCCAUGACUAUCGUCCAAUAGAAGAUAGUAAUUGUCGUCUCAUAGAAGUUAAAUCACCGUUCAUUAUUGCUUUAAAUCCAGAAAAAGAAAAUAAUCGAAGCAAAUUGACGAAAUUAUUUAUGAGAGAAUUCGAAGACUUAGGUGUGUGUGAUGAAACCAUUAAAAAAGCUAUUAUGGAUUUUAGCUUUUAUAUAAGUAUGGCUAAUACAGAUGAUGCAUUUAAAUCAAUCAAAGCUAUAAAAAGUGAAGCUGUGUGGAAAAGUCUCGCGAAAAUUUGUGUUAAAACAAAACAAUUGAAUAUGGCUGUUAUUUGUUUAGGCCACAUGAAAUUUGUAAGAGGUACAAAAGCUUUUAAACAAGGGAUUCACGAUCCAAGUUUAAAUCUAGAAGCAAAAAUUGGAAUUCUCGCAGUGGAGUUAGGACUUUAUGCAGAUGCUGAACGAUUAUUUCGUGAAGCUAAAAGGUUGGAUCUUCUUGGUAGUUUUUUGGAAACUUGUCACAGACAUUCAGAAGCUAUAACUCUGGCUGAAAAUGAAAAUAAAAUUAGUGAAAAGUUGAGUUACUACAACUACGCGAAAAUUCUAGAGCAACAAGGAAAUGUAGAAAAAGCAAUUAAGAUGUAUACAAAAGCAAACAGUGAUAAAUUUCAAGUACCGAAAAUUUUACUAAGUCAACCUAAAGAACUUCACAGUUAUUUUGCAGCUUCAAACGAUAAGGAAACAAAAAAUUGGUAUGCUCAAUAUGUAGAGUCCACAGGAGAAAUAGAAGGUGCAUUACGACUUUAUGAAGAGGCUAAAAAUACUUUAGCUGUAACUAGGCUCCUCUGUUAUCUUGGUCGUGAUGGAGAAGCCUGUGAUUUGGUUAUAAAAACUAAUCAUGCCGCUUCUGCGUAUCAUUUAGCUGCACAUUAUGAAUCAAUUAAUAAUAUUUCUCAAGCCGUACAUUUUUAUACAGUAUCAAAGGCUUAUACUAAUGCAAUAAGAAUUUGUAAGGAAAAUGGAAUGGUCGAAGAGCUUUGGCCAUUAUCAGUUCUUGCACCAAGACAACUAAAAAUUGACAUAGCAAAGUACUAUGAAGACAAUGAACAGUCAGAUAAAGCAAUAUUAUUAUACCAUCAGUCAGGAUUACUCCCAAAAGCCUUAUCUCUAGCUUUUAAUACCCAGCAGUAUGACUCUUUACAGCUAAUAACUAGUGAUUUGAACUCUGAUACAGAUCCAAUGUUUAUUAAAAAAUGUGCUUAUUUUUUUGAAAAAAAUAAUCAAAUUGAAAAAGCUAUACAACUAUUAGCUAAAAGUAAAGAGUUUAUAGAAGUAUUGAAUUUGAUUCAAAAAUAUAACGUUCCAUUAACUGAAGACCUGGCAGAACAAAUGACAACUGAUAAAGUGGCAAACGAUAUGGAAAGUGAACAUGUACGAAUUUUAACCUUAGAAAAAGUUGGGGAAAUAGCAUUUGAACAGGGUAAUUAUCAUUUAGCAACCAAAAAAUUUACUCAAGCUGGGAAUAAAUUGAAAGCAAUGAAAGCACUUUUAAAGUCUGGGGAUACAGAAAAAAUUUGUUUUUUUGCGCAAGUUUCAAGACAGAGAGACAUAUAUAUUAUGGCUGGAAACUAUUUACAGUCAUUAGAUUGGCAAAAUCAGCCAAAUAUUUUAAAAAAUAUAAUAAACUUUUAUUCGAAAGCGAAAGCAAUGGAUCUGCUAUCUAAUUUUUACGUUGCAUGUGCUCAAGUUGAGAUUGAUGAGUUUCAAAAUUAUGAGAAGGCAAUAGAUGCGUUCAACCAAGCCAUUAAAUGUAUGUCGCAAGUGACUUCACCGAAAAAUCAUGCAUCACAUAAACACGCUGUUGACGCUAUUAACACAAAGAUAAUGAUAAUAAAACACUUUUUAGACAUUAAACAAUUAUUCGCGUGUGGAGCUACAGAGCAAGCACUUUUUCAAAUUCGGCAGUUGCUGAAUACACAUGGUGAUGAUUUGGAGAAAUCUGUUCGAAUUGGUGAUGUUUUUUCCACGAUUACUCAGCAUUACAUCGAUUUGGGUGAUUUAGAAAAAGCGCGUAAUUCCAUAGAAGAAUUGAAACGCUUGAAGCCAGAAAUCCAUCUGAAUUAUUUUUAUAAUACGAGCGUACUAGAAUCUCUGGGUUAUCAAAGAAGUACCCCGCGAGAAACGAGUCCAGAUAAGGAUAAUAGAAUAGACGAAUUUUUAGAUGAGUAGUUAAUAUUGCGAUUGUUGAUGAUACAAUAAUUGUUAAAAAAUGAAUGAAUGAAGAUACUUUUGAUUUCCUUCACCCUGCAGGGGUAAUCAUGAUUAAAGAAAAUGAUUUAAUCCAUGAUAAAUGCAUAUCUAUCUAUAUAGUAUUAAAAUUGAAUUGUUUUGAAUCACUUCUAAUAGCUUUGAACCAUUUUUUUUUAUUAGGGCAAUUAUUAAAAUAACUAUAAAAGUUUAUAAUUCUAAUUUUUAAAAUCACAGCGUGCCUUGUAGCAAAACAAUGUUUUAGAUUUGAUGAAAUGGUGAUCAUUACUUAGAAAGAGUAUUCAGAGAAACUUAUACGUCCAAGAGCGCUUUUUCUUGUGUGUAAAACGUCCAGUGUUUACCUUAAGCACAAUAUAUUGUACUCAUGUAUAUUUUCUGUAUCUUGGGAUGACCGCAAGGAGUUUCGACUCCAUGGCCUUAAAA